GUUUUGACAAAGACUCCAGGCUUAGAAAAAAAAGAACACAAGCGAAUUUUUAAUCAAACGAAUAUUUUUCGAACCAAAAAUAUAUUUUUGAUAAAAAAUAUUCGUUUGGUAACGCAUUGAGUGGUGUCGCGAACGACAUUGGAUACCGUGCAGCGUUUGCGCCCUGCGGGCGAUCUAGGACAAGAGAUCGGCCGGUGUCGUAGUCGUUCGGAAAUCUACACAUAACUUUUUUGCAGUUGCAGUUCCUUUCUGCAGUUGCGCACUCGCACGUGUUUCCGCUGAGAAAUUCGCCUUCGUUAUUUCUUUCGGCGGAAUUGUCGUACCUGGGGCGGUUUACUUUUUUCCUUUUGCGCACGUUAGGAAGAUGCGUAGUGCUUUGCGAUCCGGCCGCG